AUGAAGUUCAUUUCGAGCAACCAGAACCAGUUGUUGUCUAAAAUAGCAACCAACAAUGGACAUGGCGAAGACUCUCCCUACUUCGAUGGUUGGAAGGCUUACGAUAGUGAUCCAUAUCAUCCUACCCGUAAUCCUCAGGGGGUUAUCCAGAUGGGCCUUGCCGAAAACCAGCUUUCCUUUGAUUUUAUCAAGGAGUGGAUUGUCAACAAUCCAAAAGCAUCCAUUUGCACAGCAGAAGGAGCCAAUGGCUUCAAGGAUAUUGCUAUUUAUCAGGAUUAUCAUGGCCUGCCAGAGUUCAGAAAUGCUGUGGCGAAGUUUAUGGGGAAAGUGAGAGGAGAAAGAGUCACAUUCGACCCCGACCGGAUUGUCAUGAGUGGAGGAGCAACUGGAGCUCAUGAAAUGGUGGCCUUUUGCUUGGCUGAUCCUGGUGAUGCAUUUUUGGUGCCUACACCAUAUUAUCCAGGAUUUGACAGAGAUUUGAGAUGGAGAACAGGAGUACAACUUUUCCCAGUAGUUUGUGAGAGCUCUAACAAUUUCAAGAUCACCAAAGCAGCCUUGGAGGCAGCAUACUCCAAAGCUCAAGAGACCAACAUCAAAGUAAAGGGCUUACUCAUAACCAACCCAUCAAACCCAUUGGGCACUAUACUAGACAGAGAGACCCUGAGAAGUGUACUAAGCUUCACUAAUGAGAAGAACAUCCACCUAGUCUGUGAUGAAAUCUAUGCUGCCACAGUCUUCAACAAGCCUGGUUUUAUCAGCAUUGCGGAAAUAAUUGAAGAAAUGGAAUGCAAUCGUGAUCUCGUACACAUUGUUUAUAGUCUGUCCAAGGACUUGGGCUUCCCAGGCUUCCGAGUUGGUGUCGUGUACUCAUACAACGAUAUAGUAGUGAACAUUGCCCGCAAGAUGUCGAGUUUUGGGCUCGUGUCGACCCAAACACAACAUCUGAUUGCAUCAAUGCUAUCAGACGACAAGUUUGUGGACAAAUUCAUUGCUGAGAGUGCAAAAAAGUUGGCCACAAGGCAUGGAGUGUUCACCAGGGGACUUGCACAAGUAGGCAUUGGCAGCUUGAAGAGCAAUGCUGGCCUAUUUUUCUGGAUGGACUUUCGGAGACUACUCAAAGAGCCAACUCUUGAAGCUGAAAUGGAACUGUGGAGGACGAUAAUUGCUCAUCCUAAGCUAAAUGUUUCUCCAGGAUCUUCUUUCCACUGCUCCGAGCCUGGCUGGUUUCGGGUUUGCUUUGCAAACAUGGAUGAUGAAACCAUGAGAUUGGCUCUGAGAAGGAUUAAGAACUUUGUAAUUCAGGCCAAGGGACAACAGGCCAGUGCUGCAAAGAAACAAUACGGACAAAGCAAACUUCAAGUCAGUGUAUCAUUUAGAAGAAUGGAAGAUCUGAUGAUGACACCACGCAUGAUGUCCCCUCACUCCCCUAUGGUUUCACCCCUUGUUCAUGCAAGGACUUAG